AUGGAUUUGUUGGUCCCCGCUCCUCCUCCUCCCACCGCGCUGGGCAAUCUGCGUGUGCUGUCGUCGACCGCUGCCAUCCACGUCUCGCCCCUGGCCCUGGGUGGCAUGUCCAUCGGCCAGGCAUGGGCUGAAGGAAUGGGCUCCAUGGACAAGGAAGCCUCCUUCAAGCUGCUCGACUACUACUUCGAAUCGGGCGGAAACUUCAUCGACACGUCCAACAACUACCAAAACGGCGAGUCCGAGGAAUGGAUUGGCGAGUGGAUGGCCAGCCGCAAGAACCGUGAUCGCAUGGUGAUUGCAACCAAAUACACCACAGACUACCAAGGAUACGCUUGGGGCAAAGGCAAAGCAUCCAACCAUAUGGGAAACCACCGGCGCUCGCUGCACAUGAGCGUGCGCGACAGCCUGAAAAAACUACAGACCGACUACAUCGACAUCCUAUACGUGCACUGGUGGGACCACCUCACCUCGAUCGAAGAAGUCAUGGACUCGCUACACAUCUUCGUCCAACAAGGAAAAGUCCUAUACCUAGGCAUCUCCGACGCGCCGGCCUGGGUCACCUCAGCCGCCAACUAUUACGCGCGCGCCCAGGGCAAGACGCCCUUCUCCGUCUACCAGGGGAAAUGGAACGUGUUGCUGCGCGAUUUUGAGCGCGAGAUCCUCCCGAUGGCGCGUCAUUUUGGUAUGGCGCUGUGUCCCUGGGGCGUGCUGGGUAGUGGCAAAUUCCAGUCAAAGAAGGAUAUCGACGAGCGCAAGGCCAACGGCGAGUCGCUACGCACCUUGUUUAGCAAUGGCGAGCAGUCCGAUGUGGAAGUCAAGCUGUCCGAGGCCCUGGCCAAGGUGGCCGGCGAGCACAAUAUCGACUCGCUGCAGGCUGUUGCGCUGGCAUAUGUGCGUGCCAAAGCGCCGCGUGUGUUUCCGCUGGUCGGGGGACGCAAGAUUGAGCAUUUGAAGGGUAAUAUCCAGGCUCUGGAUAUCAACUUGACGCCGCAGCAGGUCGAGUAUCUUGAGAGUGUGCAGCAGUUUGAACCGGGCUUCCCGCAUAACCUCAUUGGGGCUGACCCUAGAGCCACAGGAGUAGUCGGCGGCAUCUUGGGCCGUGGAAUCAACCUGGUAAUGGACAAGCCUGAUUAUCAGUACGCUUAG